AUGGGGUCUUUGGAAGCCGCGCCUAGGCACAGGUUGGUUUGGUUUUCUCAUGUAUUGGUCUGGAAUUCAAUGCUGACGAGACCCUUUGCCUGCCAUCGGUUUCUUAGGCAAGGACGGUUCGGGGUAUACACCCAACCAAAACAUUACUUCCCCUCGUCAAUCUUCAGCCCCAACAUGUACACCGGUCAACCUCAGACUUUACCUUAUUCCUACGCGCCGGCUACCAAUGCGCCCCCGCAACCCGGUUACAUCUCACCGCCAGAAUCGCGUCGAGUCGAGGAGGAAAAGGAUAAGACAUCUCGACAAUCACUCCCAUCUAUACACGAAGCCUUAGGCAAGGACAACCAUCUCCCGUAUCCCGCACCUACCUCCGCACCACCACCACCACAACCCGGCCACGCUGGUCACGCCGGUCACUCCGCACCACCAUCUCAUCUCAUCGGUCGUUCUAGCGCAGAGGGUCCAGCUGGUCCUCCCAAUCCAUUUGGUCCAGCCUCGGGGUCGUUGAUGCGAGAACCAGCCUAUCCUCAUCAGAACCAGCUUCAGGCCGAUCCAUCACGCAAUAGCCUCGCCUCGAUCAAUUCACAAGACUCCCGAAACGCUUCCCUUCAUUCUCUCAGUACCGGCAAAUCCCCUACCCAGAGCGCCAAAACUGGUAUCACCUCAGUCUCUGGUUCUCAAAAUUCCGUCUACGACUACAGCGCGCCCCCAUCUGCGGGUAGCGUAGCUUCCCCCAAUGGCUAUGGUCAUUUCCCACCCAAUUAUUCCUUUCCGCAACCGAGUGGCCCGUCAUACCCUCCUCCUUCCUACGAUAACCGUCAAUACAUGGGUGCGCCGCGAGUGGAUGAGGUGAAAGGUGGAUACGGAGCUCGUCCUAUGCCAGGUCAACCUCACAGCGACUCGGUAAAACGACAUCUAGAUGUAUAUGAUGUGGAGACAUCAUUAAUUGAGAUCUCCGAGAUGAGCACACGAACAUUGGAGUUUUCACGACAUUACGCUGCACGGGCUCAUCAGACACAACGGUCUGGACCAAUUUUGGGCUCAUUGCCUACGCUCAGUGAAGUGGAGGAAAUGCUCCAUAUGCAGCGUCGGAACCAAGAUGCUUUAAUCCGGAUACGGACGGCGGUGGUGAACCAGGAACAGGCGCUGGCAGAGAUGGCCCAGCGGAAAGCCUACAAGCCCGAGGACGAACACAUGGCUGGGACCAUGUACCAGGAAGACUUCAAGGGCGCGGGUGGGUUUGCUGGGGGAGACUCGAAGAAACGGCGUGGAAAAGCGGCCCCUCCUGGUCGUUGCCACAGCUGUAACCGAGCCGAAACACCAGAAUGGCGUCGGGGUCCAGAUGGUGCCCGAACGCUGUGUAACGCCUGUGGUUUGCACUACGCCAAGCUGACUCGCAAGAUGGGUGCCAACAAGGCGGCGACCCUGGGAUCGAACUUGAAGCCCAAGUCGGUCCUAGACUCCGCUUCACCAACCAGUCAUUAA